CGAAGCAAAAAAAUCUCGAAUUUUUUGUUCGAAUGCCGAUUUGUUCGAGAACCGGGACGUUCGAAAACCGAGGCUCCACUGUACUUUGCUUUCUGGUACUUGCUUUCUGGUUUUGUCACAAUAGUAAUAUUUGUGCCUCUAAUGUAGAAACUGUUAAUGUCAUGUAAUAAAAUUAGAAUUCAGGCUCAAUUUAAAAUUUUACUAGGUAUCACAGAAUUACAACCAUUCAACACAUUUUUGUUUGAAACAUCUUCUAAAUCAAUGCAAUGAAUAUUACAGGACUCUUUGAGUGAGUGGGCUGGAUUGUAUAUUGUUUAUUAGCAAACCACGUGUUAUACUUGCCUACCCUUGGCCACCUUAAAUUGCUCGUAAUGAAAAACAAAAAGUGAAGGUGGACAAUCUCAAUUUCAUACACUAUUAUACUAAAUCCCAACGCCUGAAUGGUUAAGAAGUGAAGAAUUAAGGCUAAACUUUGCCCUCUUCUCAAAACAAAUGACAAAAUGUGUGUAAAUAAGUGGCUGAACUUUGAUACGUUGAUACGCACUCGACUGAGAUUUAAGCAGGUGGAGUGAUCAUUCUGAAUAGAGCAGCUGCAAGAUCACCACGCAAAUCAACGUGUUGAUUCAGGCGCGAUGUUGUUGAUAAUUCUCACCGCCGUGCUUCUGCUCGCGGGCCUCUCGGCUCCUCUGACUGACUGUGACACGUUGACCCAGCAGGUUCAAAUCCAAAGUCGUGAACAGUUCUUUGGCACGUGGACGUUUGGGGCGGAAAGUAGUGACAUUAAAGGAACGCAUGACCUGGGGAAGAUUUUUGUGAGAAAGUUGUGGGGGAGAGUCUACCCAUCCAAUCAGAGUGACCACUUCUAUGCCUUUCAAGUCUUCAGAAUGACCGACACAUAUUGCUACAGUAUCACUUCCAAGUUGACCUUGGUCAACAACACUGUCCACAUGGAGCAUCCCCUCUCUGCUACAGAGGUUCUCUUGAAGACCAGCUGCCCUGACUGCAUCCUAUUUCUCUCCAACACUACCAUUGGAGAACACACAUACCGUUUCUUGCAGAUUCUGACCAAGAGACCAAGUUUGACGAGUGAUGAGCUUGAAGAGUUUAAGCAGCAGGCGGCAUGUCUGAACUUCAACGAACCCAUCAUCCUGGGCCCACCCAGAAGUUGUCCAGAUUCCCCAGACACAAAGAUCGUUGAUUUCAACAUGGCGUUCAUUCAAAGCACACCAAGAUUCAAGGAAAUAUUUUAUCUCAUUUAAUCGUAUACCCUAUAUAAUCUCAGCUCGGCCCAAGUGAGCCAAUCAAUCAGGAGGACGUGUUUUCCCGGUAAUGUAUUACUGUAGAGAGAAUAUUGUGAGGAUUGAAGUUUCCAACUGAUCAAGCGUCACCCAAGAUAGCAUUUUACUGCGAAUGCAACCACCGUCGGUCACCAGAUUGAAUGGCAAUAUGUAAACUUUUUUGAAGUGCUCCUCGUCUUGUUUGCUUGAAGCAAACUGAAGGCACUCCCUCCACCCCCAGCAGACAAACAAUCCGUCCUUUUUGAAAAACUUCUCAUCCUUCGUCCGCAAAUCUACGGGUGGAAAAUAGACGGUAAAAUGAAGGGUGAAUUAAAAAUUGACAUGGAUGCAUCCAUAAAGGAA